AUGCAUCUGUACUAUCCAAGCAAGCAAGCAAAGCAAGCCGGACUAUUGCACCGAACCAGUCACUCACCAUGUACCAAGCACUUCCGAUUCGUUUCCGUCAUCCACUUCCCGCUCCGUUCACGUUCCGUUGUAUCCAUCUGUUUCUCCUGCUCUAUCUUCCCUUCCCUUUUCCUUUUCCCUUCACAUUUAUUCGCUCCGUUGCCACUAUCCACUUCAGUUCCUUCCUCUACAGCCAGCGAUACCCGGACACGUCUAUCCAUCGCACAUUCGCACAGCACAUUCGCCACGCACGCAUACACGGUUACACGGCUACAGCAUUCGCAUUCGCAUUCUUCCCAUCCACAUCCACCUACACGCCCUACAUCCUACAUCAUCGCCUCAGACACCUGUCUGUUUGGAUCUCAUGCAAUGCUUCCUGAAUUCCUAUUCGCACAUUGUCCUGGUUUUCCCCUCCUUUGUGACUCCGCACAUGCUCUUAUUCGCUUUCGUUCCCAUUUUUCAUUAUGCUGUAUUACUACUUCUUCUCCUCCCUUCCUCUCGUCUUCUCGGCGCGGUGGCUUGACGUCACCCGCCUUCCCUCCACAUCUUCCUCUUUCCCUUCCCUUCCUCUUCCCCUGCCAUGCACCACAUGCCCCUCCAACCCCGACCCGACGCCAAAAAGACACUCAUGCUCAUGCUCUUCUUAACGCACAUGGGACUGUUCCACCUUCUACCUUUUCCUUCCGUUCCAUUAUCCCUAUUUACCCUUUACGACCCCGUUACGACCAACCACACCGAACACUCAUCUUGAUUUAUUCUUCUAAAUACAAGAUUUUCCUUCUCUUUUCCCGUCUUUUCCUAUUUCCCCGAUUUUUUUCCCUGCUUUUGCGCUUUGUAGCUCUACUCUAUAGCGAUAGGCUAGAGGGUUCCUUCCCCAUUCCUCAUUCCCCUGCACGCACCGAACCGCACCGAACGUACUUUCUUCUUUAG